AUGCCGUCGAUACUCAACGACGACGACAAGGACACCGUCAAGCGGUUCGUCCCCAAGCAGUCCAACAAGAUCCAGGCUGUUGCCGUCGCUAGGCUCUACGUCGCAUAUCCGAACCGAUCAAAAUGGACCUACACGGGCCUACAGGGAGCCAUCGUGCUGGCCAACGACACUGUUGGGAACACCUUUUGGUUGAAGAUGGUGGACAUUUCGCCCACCAACCGAGGCGUCAUUUGGGACCAGGAAAUCUUCGACAUCUGGAAUUACAACCAAGACCGCACCUUCUUUCAUACCUUUGAGCUGGAAGACUGCGUGGCUGGGUUAAGCUUCGUCGACGAAAAGGAAGCCAAACAAUUCAAGAAGAAGAUGGAUGAGCGAGAAAAGAAUGCCAACCGAGCUACAAAGGCGACGCCCUUCGGGGGAGGCUCUCAACCCGUCCAUAAGCACAGCUUGUUGGGAGGUUUAUUUGGACACCGUCACUCCUCUGCACCAUCGCCCACCGAAUCGACGAGACCCAACAUACCGCCGCCCUCGUUUCACCACUCACCGACGUCCUCGCAAAGUAUGAAUGGGAGCUUUGGAAGCCUUGCGCCGUCACAAUUUGCCUUGCUGGAUGCGUUUGACCCGCUGUGGAGAGAGCAUUUCGGCCAGGACCUUACCGAUAAAGGUCUCACGGAUGACUUCAUCAAGGAUAACCAGGAGUUUAUUGUCGAUUUCUUGCGAGAGGAACAGGCCAAAUUGAACAACCCCUCCCCACCUCCGCCACCUCCUCCCACGAAUGGAGGUGAUUCGAGAAAUGUUCGAGCACCACCACCGCCUCCUCCUCCAGCAGGAGGCGUCUCAUCAUCGUCGUCGUCAACGAAACGAGGAGCACCUCCUCCGCCUCCUGCUCCCAGACGAUCUGGCAAACCUGAUGGGUCGGGAAGAGACGCAAGUCCUCCGCCUCCGCCAUCUCCUCCUCGCCCCAAGUUCAACGCACCUCCGGCGCUGCCAGACGCCGGUAAAUUCGCCCACAUUGAGCAGACGAGGCGGAAACCAAUCUCAACGCCGGCAGCCUCAGCACCCGGCCCUCCUCCGCCUCCCCGACCGGCCAAGACACCCAUCGAACCCGAAAACACUAGCCACAAGUUCUCCGUCCCUCCGUCCUUCUCUGGCCAGCGUCUUCCUCCUCCGACCCCCAGCCGCGGACCUGUACCACCACCACCUCCUCCUCGAGCAAACGACUCUCACUCUGCUCCUCCAGCUCCCCCUCCAUUGCCUCCUAAAGUACCAGCCAGCAGUGCUCCUCCGCCUCUCCCACCGUCGAGUUCACGACCCGUCCCUCCUCCUCCCGCUGCGGCCAGCAUUCCGCCGCCUCCACCGCCGUUACCAGCAUCCAACGCUCCUCCACCUCCACCGCUACCUUCAUCAAGUGCUCCUCCACCUCCCCCCGGUGCUCCUCCUCCCCCGCCUCCUCCACCACCAAACCGCGACUCAGGCUACUCAUCAGGCGUACCAGCACCACCAGCAGGAGCUGACAAGGGCCGAGCCGCCAUGCUGGGAGACAUCCAAAAAGCAGGAGGAAUCGGGGCCCUUAAGAAAGUUGACAGGACUCAAAUCCGUGACCGUUCUGCCGCCCAAGUUGGCGGUGGUGACUCAGGCAGUGCCGGUCCUCCUGCUGGUGCUGUACCUGCUGGAGGAGGUGGUGGCAUGGCCGACGCAUUGGCUGCCGCUUUGAAGAAGAGAAAGGAUAAAGUUGGCAAGAGCGACGACGAAGGUGACGAUGAUGACUGGGAUUAA